AAGUUAUAUACUCCAUUUACUAAUCUUGUUUUUCUCCUUCACUUCUCUCCCAUCCUCUCUCUCUCUCUCUAUCUAUUUAAACACAUACUUUCUCUAUCUAAAAAUUUCUUAAUUUGUAUCUAUACAAUUUUUUGUAAUUUAUAUAUAUAUCUGUAUAUUUCCGGAUGGCUCAAAACAAAGAGAAAGAAGAGACGAGACAGCUUAAAGUUCCCGAAACUUUAUCCUUAUGUACACCAUCCAUCCCUUCUACACCAACAACAAAUCAAAUCACGCCUGAUGAACACAGACCGUUGGGUUCACAAGCAUCGGAUGUAUCGGAUCUCAAAACCGAUGUAUCCGUUGACUCUAGACCGACUACCGGAAUCUCGCCGGAAAAUACGGAUCUGCCCACGGUUCCGACGGUGGAUGAUGAUUUGAGCAAGUCGAGGAGACGUGAGGUGAAUCGAUGCUCAGGCUGCCGGAGAAAGGUCGGACUGAUGGGAUUCAGGUGUCGGUGCGGUGAUGUGUUUUGCUCCGAUCACCGGUAUUCCGAUCGACAUGAUUGCAGCUAUGAUUACAAGUCUGCCGGACGAGAAGCCAUCGCUCGUGAAAAUCCGGUGGUUAGAGCCGCUAAGAUCCUCAAAGUCUAAUUAUUUAGUUUAUAACUGAAGGACGAAAAAAAAUGUUUACAAAACGACGUCGUUUAUCUAUCAAAAUGAAUUUGUAUGGUUUGUUUUCCGGUUAUUUGUAACGGGAGAUUGGAUGUGUUCUACGGGUGGGGGGAUGAAAUGUGAAAUUUGAUAAACGGUGAAGGGUAUUGUUGUCAAUUUGAUUUAUUAUGAUAGUGAAACUUUUUCUUUUUAUA